AUGACACCUUCCAAGCUUCGCAUCAAGGAUGAUCUUUACAUGCGACUAUCGCCUCCUCAAACCAUUGGGAUGGCGAUCAAAGCCUCUAAACGGAGGGGCUCUCCAUUCUUCCACCAUGAGGACGAAGCUCAAUGUUAUCCAGAUCGUGUGGGAGAUGAACGAACCAACAUCGUCAACGACGAAGAAUGCCUCCCGAGGCAACCCGAUGCCGCGAAAGAACGCCCUUCGUUUGGGGAGGAAGACACGAGUCAGGACGGCACAUCCGAUGGACGCAGUCCACAGGCUGCCAAAUCUUCCUUCCUGUUCCCGACCCAUUUCUACAAAAACCUCUUCGCCGCAUCGGCUUCCUUGCUAAAAAAACAACAUCUCAAAACCACCUGUGAUGUCGGUGGACAGGAUACUGCAUGCGACGGUGUGCUUGGAGAUGAAAAAGCGCAGGAUCUUUCCGGCUCCCAGCAGGGAUCGGUUCCCGGUGUGCAGGAUCAUUCUUUACGUCAUCUUCAAACGCAUGCCUUGAGUCAAGAUUUUUCCGCAGGCCAACAGCAGCCCACGCACGAUGUUCAAAUAAAACUCGAUCGAGAGUUUCGAGUGAAGAAAUGCACUGAAGAUGAAGAGAAACCAUCGAACGCGUUCCCGUGGCUUUCGGAGGCGACGAACAACAACGACUACUCGAAGAACAACAACAACCAUCACCACCACGGGACACCUCCACAUCUGCACCCUCCCCAUCAUCCCCAUCACCCGCACCAUCCGCACGCGCACCCGCAUCUCACGCACGGCGCCUCGGGCGGAGGAAGUCAGUCGAGUCUCGCCGCAGCCGCCGCCGCUGCCGCUGCCGCCGCCGCCGCCAACUGCAACCGGCACGGGCACAUCCACCCGGAGGACACCAAGUGCCGGUCGCUGCACUGCGGACCCCCACCGUCGCCGUCCGCCUCCUCCAGCCUAGCGGCCAACGAGGGAGCCACUCCCGACUCCAGCAGCACCACGGCGACCGCCACGGCCAUCCCGAACUUCAACCAGAUGCCCGUGCCGGGCGGGGUGCAGGGCCAGAACCCGACCCAGGGCCUCGUGCACUGGAUGAGCGCGGUGAUGGCCGAGCACAUGACGUCCAACCCGCACCACGAUCCGGCCACCGUCGGGAUGCACUACAUGUGGAACGGGCCGGUCGAGCAAUGUGGGCAGCACACGAAGGACAUGGACUCGUACGGUGGCUGGCCGGCUCCCCGAAAUCACAUGUCCAUGAAGCAGGGAUACGAGGCCAAAAUGAACCCGGUCGAUCACCACCACCACCACCAUCACCACCACCACAACAAUCUGCAGAAGAGUCACAUGAUCGACGACGGUCGACUGCUCGAUCACCACUCGAUGCAGACGGGCGCGGCCCAGAUGAGCCAACUCUACGGAGCCCGCGGAUCAUCCAGCAGCAGCUCACCGGGAGGUGGCCACGGGCACGGAGGGACGAACCCAGCCGCCGCCCUGCUCGUCGUACCCCAGCCCAUCAACGCCACCAAAAUCGGUGCGAGCGGCCUGCCAAACGGUACCGGCCGGAAGUACCAGUGCAAAAUGUGUCCUCAGAUCUUCACCUCCAAGGCCGAUCUUCAGCUGCACACCCAGAUCCAUAUGCGCGAAGCGAAGCCCUAUAAAUGUUCGCAGUGCAAUAAGGCGUUCGCCAAUUCGAGCUAUCUUUCGCAGCACACGCGCAUCCACCUCGGCAUCAAGCCGUACCGGUGCGAGAUCUGCCAGCGCAAGUUCACGCAGCUCUCGCACCUGCAGCAACACAUCCGGACGCACACCGGCGACAAGCCGUACAAAUGUCGCCACUCUGGCUGCCUGAAGGCGUUCUCGCAGCUCUCGAACCUGCAGUCGCACUCGCGCUGCCACCAGACGGACAAACCGUUCAAGUGCAACUCGUGCUACAAGUGUUUCGCCGAUGAGCCAUCCCUGCUGGAGCACAUCCCGAAGCACAAGGAAUCGAAGCACCUGAAGACGCACAUCUGCCAGUACUGUGGCAAGUCGUACACGCAGGAGACCUACCUGUCGAAGCACAUGCAGAAACAUGCCGAGCGAACGGACAAGCGGCCACCGAUCGGAACGCGCAGCAGCAAUAGCACGGUGAACCUGAGCGCCACUACCCCCGGAAGCAGUUCAUCGGGAAGCAGCAGCAAUAGUAACAGUGCGUCCAAUGGCCAACCACCGGCCGGUGUCGUCGGGUCGACGCCGCUGACAGGGGACAGCGCUUACUGGCCGAAGGUGAGCCCAGAUACGGCUGCUGCCACAAUCAACGACGUCAUCAACCAGCAGAACAAUCACCACGAGUUCAGUCUAACCCCGAACGGCAGCCAGGGGAGUGGCAGCAACGGUAGUGCCGGUAAUGGACCACCAAAUCCCCAACCGAAUGGCAACAACCCGGAUCUCAACGUGACGCACCACCAGCGAGACGACACAGUCGAUGAGCUUGUCGGAGGUGUAGUAGGAUCUGCCCGAGGACAACCGGACAACAGUGUCGGUUCCUCCCAACCCAAUGGAAACACGCCGGGUGCGGGUGGUCCAUCUGUCCAACAGGCGACAGGUCCACAACAACAACAACAACAGCCCCAGCAACACAACGGUACCGGCACUAUGAAUGGUAACCUCGCGAUCCCACCGGCCUCGACUCCGAUGGCCAGCAGCUACGACACCAGCAGCAUAGCGAAGGCGAACACCAACUCGGCGUUCACACCCAUCAACGCGAUGCCGCCGCACCUGAACAGCCUCCAGCACCAUCAUCAGCUUGCAGCAGCCCAGCGGCCGUCCUAUCUGUACGAUGCCAUCAGCUUCCAGAACCAGAAAGCCGGCAUCAACCAGAGCCCAUCGAACGCGUUCCCGAACCAGCUCAUCUCCCUGCACCAGAUCCGCAACUAUGCGCACCAGCCUGCUGGUGGACUGAUGGCGGGCGAGCAUCUGCUCGGCGUUACCGUCGGGCCGGGCGGGAAGGACAAGGGCUAA